AUACGAUAUAUAUAAUUGGUUAUCGACUACACAAAAAUAUUUGAUAGUCAUCCACAUUUGCUUAAGUCUUCAUGUUGUUCUGCGCGUUUCAUGAUUAUGCUCCCCCUCGGCCGGUACCACCAUCUUGUUUGUUUCAUCAAUAAAGUGAGUGUAAAAUUUGGAGACGAUUAAGAUUGUUUCAAAGUAUUUUUUGUGUCCUAUAUACAGUAAAUAUUAACAAAAAUUGUGAAUUAUGUCUCACGGUGGUAGAAAUGAAUGUAGAAUUUAUGUGGGUAAUUUACCACCUGAUAUAAGAACAAAAGAUAUCCAAGAUCUUUUCUAUAAAUUCGGUAAAGUUAUCUUUGUUGAUUUAAAAAAUCGGAGGGGGCCACCAUUCGCUUUUGUCGAAUUUGACGAUCCAAGGGAUGCAGAAGAUGCAGUGCAUGCAAGGGACGGAUAUGACUAUGAUGGUUAUAGAUUACGGGUUGAGUUUCCAAGAGGUGGUGGUCCCAGUAAUAAUUUUCGCGGUGGUCGUGGAGCUGGUGAUAGUGGAAGAGGUGGUCGGGGUGAAAUGAGUAAUUCUAGAGGACGUGGACCACCUGCAAGAAGAUCUCAGUAUAGAGUUCUUGUUACUGGUUUACCUCCUUCUGGUAGUUGGCAAGAUUUAAAGGAUCAUAUGCGUGAGGCUGGUGAUGUAUGCUUUGCUGAUGUUUAUAAAGAUGGCACUGGAGUUGUUGAAUUCUUACGAUAUGAAGAUAUGAAGUAUGCAGUAAAGAAGUUGGAUGACUCAAGAUUUAGGUCUCAUGAGGGAGAAGUAGCCUAUAUUCGGGUGAAAGAAGAUCACAGCAGUGGCGAUAGAGGACGCAGUGAAGAUAGAGAGAGAGGUCGAAGUCAUUCACGAAGCUAUAGUCCACGACGUCGUGGGUCGCCUACCUAUUCACCAUUGCGACGUAAUUACUCGCGAUCAAGAUCUCGUUCCAGAUCUCGUUCAUACGACUAGUGUGUACGUAUAUGUUUCACAUGGUAAUAUAAGUAAAGGCUUAUCAAUAUUUGCUUUACCAUGUUUCAUUAUUACUGAUUUGAAUUUCACUUAAAGACACCUUCCAAUCCAAACCAAUUUUGUACAAAUUAUAAAAUUAUUACUUUCCAUGUUGCUUGAAUUUAAUAAUUGUAUUGUAUCUAAUGUAUAGUUAGAGCACGGUUCAUUUUACGUAUACCGAAAGUAGUUUUCAAAUAUUUUGUCAUUUUCCAUUUAAGUAUCUUCAAAUAAUGUCCAGUAUGGAUUAAUUAGAAUGUAUCAUUAUUUUAUAAAUACUGUUUUAAAAUUAACUAUUCGAUUGAAUAUAAAACAGUAGAUUCAGUUUUUAACAGUGAACACUGGCUAUAAAGUUUUAAUCUCUUUUUGUUGUCUUAAUAAAGAGGAAUCGUGCUCGUAUUAACUGCAUAUUAUCGUUGAAGAUAUAUUGAUUAGAAUUAUUUUUAUGUUUAAAAACUACAUUCCUUUAUAUUUUGCAGUUUGUUUUGACACUACAAAUACAUUUAAAGUGUGUAACAAUUUUGAAGUAUUACAAAUGAGAAUCUAAAAAGAAGUGACUAAUAAUUAUUUCAGCGAUAUAAUUAAUGUUUGCAUUAAGUAAAUAGCGUUUCUUGUAUAGUUACUAAUAUCGUUAACGUGCACUGUGAAUGUUCUCAUUUCAGAAAUUAUGUGAUCAUUCUCAUUGCAUCGUAAAAUAUAUACUACAAUUAGUAACUAUACUGCAGUGCUUAAUUUGAUGUGAACACCGUUUUUAUUGUCUUUUUAGAUUGAUGUGUUCACAUUUGAAGUGAUGAGAACAGCACAUUUUAAAGCAUAUUUAACAUGCAAAAUCUUUUUAAGCUUUUAAUGCUAAAUGCUUGCAAUAUAAAUUCAUAAAGCUAACAUCUUGUUUACCUAUAACAGCUCAAAGUUAUUUUGCAUACAUAAAAUGAAGCCAGAAAUGCCAUAAUGAAGUAAAUAUACAUUUCUACUUUGCAUAUAUAAUAUUCAAGAUAUAGUCUAUAUAUCAUAAAACAAAUAUACUAUAAUAAAUGUUUGAUCAGAAUGUAUGUUUUAUGCAUGCAUAUUAUUAUUUUAAAAAUUUGAAUUUUAAAAUAUUAAUACAAUGAAUUACAUAAAGUAUCAUGAACAUUAUGGCAUGUUUAAAUUAUUUUCCUUUGUGCAAGUAAUUAUUAAUUCUAACAAAAUCUCGCGUUCAAAUAAAUACCUCAAGGUUGUUUACACGGCUCAUCGUCGUUUAAGUUUUUACACAACUUUAAGUACUUUUAUUUUGGCUACAUAGUGAUGACAAUACAAAAUACUAUAUAUGUUAAAAAUAUAACACUUAAUAACUGGACAAUGUAAAACAUCGAUAGCCAUCAAUUGAUGGUACAUAUGUGGCAUAGAAUUUGUUAAAUGUAGGUGAAACGUUUAUUUUUACUAAAAGAUUGAUAUUCGUACAAACAGUUUAUUUUGAACAAAAAAUUAGUACAGUAUUUAUUUCUUACGUACCAAUAUAAUAUUGAUUUGAUUGAGUAAUAGCUUAAAGUACAUUUUAUAUAUUUGAGUGUUCUUUAACGAUGAUUAUUGGGCCAUCUGUUUGAUUUAAUGAAAAAUUGUAUAUUAUAUAUAUUACUUUUAAACAGAAAAAUGUUUAUCUCAUAUUAAAAUUAUUAUUAGCAUUAUAGUAACAAGUUUGUUACAAUUAUUUGGAUAUCUGUAGAAUGUGCAUAUGAAGUAAAUUUUAUAUAUAGCUAUACACAACUUAUUAUUUUGAGAAAUGUGUUUUUAUUAACUAAAUCAGUCAAAGACAAAUUUAUAUUUUGCCACGCAUUUCUCGUUUAAUGUUUUCCUUUAGAAAAUGUGUACACGAAUUUCUUAGAUUUUGUAGAAUUUGUUCAAAAACACAUUUUCUUAAAUUCUCUAUUAUACGUUAAAUAUGUUGAAGGAAAACAAUGAUUUCAUGUAUUCUUGAGAACAUUAUUAUUGCAAAUAAAUCCUGUGAUUUGUAUUUUGUUUCAUAUUAUUCAUGCGUAUUCAGUGAUACAAAGGAAGGUUCUAAAUUUAAAUGAAGCAGAUACAGAGUCCUUUUUUUACAUAGUAUUUGCUCAAUAUUUAAUACGUAAUAAUAUAUUUGAAUGAUAUGAGUCACAAGGAUUAUAUUUGCAGUGAUAAAUUUUAUAUAUAAUAAUAUUAAUGCAUAUUGUGUAAGGGACUAAUGUAUUUUUUCUUCUUUUGUAUAUUGGAUUGGAUUGUAACACAAUGAAUGAAAAACUGAAAUCGACACGAUCUUACUUCUUGGAUGGAUAUAAUACACAUUCACUUGACGGUGGGAUGAGAUGGAAUGCGUUUUGGAUGGAUUUAUGUAUGGAGCAUAUAUUAUAAAAGGAUUAAGACGUAAAUGAGAAUGAAAAAAUAAUAAGACAGUAAGGAUACUUUCAAGAGGAAAUUCAGGAUCAGGAAUUCAGGAAAGGAAUUGGAUGAAAGAAACGAUCCGUUUCAUUCAAGGAUUCUCAAUUAGCUCUGGAUUUUCAUCAGAAAACGUUGGCAAAUCCAUUACAAGGAUUCAAAACAAUUGUUCAUAUUUUUCUGUUUCAAAUCAUAAUCCAAAAUAUUUAAUCGUGAUAAAGCCAGUGCUUUUGACAAACUAAAGAAAAAAAACAGUAACGAAAACGCAGAAUGAACAACUUCGACAUGUCACGUGAUUACACAGAUUUCUUAAAUCAUUCGAGUGUUUCGGAUAGAUUGCAUUCACGCGAUUGAAACCUUAACACAGUGACUUUCGUUUUUUUUUCUCUUACGUUCUGUACACAAAAAAAAACUAGUAAUGGAAUGUCAACUUUGUACGUUUUACUUUAUGAAAGUAUUUGCUUCUAAUUUUCGAAUAUGUCAAAACAGUUUGUAAGAAUUUUUUUUUGUCACUAUUGAGAUAAUAAUUCUGAUUCUCAUCCAAAGAAGUUCAUUCACGGAAAGUAUCAGACGUCUCAUCUGUCGGCCCUAAGUGAGAUCGAAUCGUUCGCGAAAACAUGAGAAAAAAACAAACCUAGUGGUCCAACGGAAAUAAUGCUCGUUGAGAGAGAUCUUCCUCGUUUCUCAUUGAUUCGUGUAAUUAGUAUAGGCGAUGCGAUCGGAUCACUCGCAUGUUUAGAGUUCCUCAGGAUCAAAGACAACGAACAGUGGUCGUUCAGAGAAAACUGUCGCGUUGUAAAUAGUGCGUCUCAUGACUUCGUUCUACUCGACUAUUCUUCUCUUAAUCAUUUCAAUCUUAAUAUUGUAUCGUUGAUCGAUCGUGAGCGUGUGUAUGUUUCCAUAUUACGUGUGCGGUACAAUAGUACGAACAUAACUACUAUCGUCUUCGCGUGCAAGAGGAGGAUAUUAACGUUCGGGGUCGGAAAAAAAUGUAUAUGAAACAAAUCCUUUCAUCUUAACAAGGACUGGCUCCCCUAGUUGUUGAGGAUCUCCCGGGAGGAAAUAAAAAAAAUAAAAGGAAAGACAGGAUUCGGCAGAUAACGUUGGGAUUAGGAUGCUGACAGGAUAAAUUAGUGUUCAUGAUGGAUGUUUGGAUACGGAUAAAAUUGGCUGGAAAAAAAUAUUCGACGGAUUAUAUUGAGCGGAUGACUUGGAUCUUUUGACCGGACAAAUAUACUGUACGCCGCGUUCAAUACGGAAUGAUGGAUUUGGAUUAUCGAGGUGUUAAAAAAGCAGAGCGCCGCGUCGUUCAUGCUUCAAUAGGUUUCACGGAUUUAUCGCCUAGGUCGGAUACGGAGAUUUGGACUUGCACUUAGCAGGAUCAAUACAGGAUGUUGUCAGGAUAUCAUUUUUCGGAUAUCACGGAUCGAAAACGGAUGCAAUCACGUGCUCGCUAUAAGGUAUUUUAUAUCAAGUUUAAUAUCUGACAGACCUCUCGAUACACACAUUCUCUGCAUGCAUUCUUUUCAAUAAUACCAAUAGUCCUCUACUACCCUAGUCAAGAUCAAACUCAAUUCCAAUCUAACUCCAACCUAAUUUUGACAGAACCUUAUGCUGACAUUUCGUCGCAACCUAACUAAUGCAGAUCAACUUCAACUCAAUUCUGAUCUGACCUAACUCAACCAUCUUAAUAUAAGUCAAACACUUUUCGCUUUUAUUAUACAAGCAAAUAAGUGCUUAUGAGCUUUCUCAAGCGUUAGGUCAGACUCCUAUAAUUAAUUUCUCUUUAGAAUAACGUUUACAAGAUUAAUUUUAAAAUAACAGAUACAUGUAACUUUGUCUGUCUGAAGAGUUGUUUUAGCGUGUUUACAUUACAAUCACUGGUAUCAGUUAUGUACAGUUUAACAAAAAUUCCUUGCAGUCUUUUUCUCAAAACGAAUAUUCGUUUCCUGAUAAACAGCAUUAAUCCCUCCAUAAUAGUUUCCAGUUGUUCCCUUAAUUAAAUGAUUGGUUAUCGGUCUUGGUUUGUUGCUCUUCGUUGAUGAAGAGGAACUUUACAAAAUUCCUGAUCGUUGAUGUCCAUUCAGGAAGCAGGAAUUAAAACAAUUAAUUGUUCAUCAUUAGUGUUUUUGGAUAUCCUGCACUCCUUUCCUCGAUUAAUGUUUGUUGCUCACAAGUAUCUCUUUUAUAAUUGUAUCAUUAAUAUAACGAUAUCCGUUUCUUCAUGUGUCCUUUUAAGAAUACAAGAGGAGAUUACGUGAGUAUAGACAGAUAGAAUAAUUCCUUCUUUUUAUAAUGUAUGACAAAGAUCAUACAUUGCACAGUAUUUUUCACGAAUUUUCCAAGAAAAGUUUUAUGGUGUCUGUGGUAAUGAAGCUUAAGAAAAAUAUCAACUAUGCUUAUUCGUUUUGUUUAGGUGAGUAACAUGAAACAAAAGAAGAAAAUCUAAUUUUCUAUUAAUCUUCUGUUAGUAGUCCUGUUUAGAUGGUCAGAAGAAGGAUACACUUGUGCUACUUUCGGACACGUAACUGAUUCAGGAAGCUAGCGCUUUGUAAGAUCACUUGAAGUUAUUGUUUUUGAAAGUUUAUUGGACGUAUUUGUUACAGAAAUUCUGUUACAUUAAGCCUUGUAUGCAAAAAAAAUAAUCGUAGAAAUGUUCAAACAGUUACAGGUCAUUUCUGUUUCAAAGAAUUUGCUUAAGUUUUAAUACACUAAAAAUUUAAUGUUACUAUUUUGUAAGCACUUCUGUUCUUUCAUGUAAUGUGAUACGCUUA